CAAGAUUUUAAAGUUACUGUUAAGCUUGAGGUUGCAGAGAUUCCCAAAAUUGUUGCAAUCUUUCCCAAGAAAAAAGUAGUAUCGGUUUCAUUUGAGAGAUCAGAGGGAAAGAGAUAGAGAUGGGUUUCAAGGAUGCGCUCGAUUAUACAGUUAAUGGAGUGAAAACUUCAUCAACAUAUGUACUGCAAGGUUCUUAUAAUUUAGGUUGUACAGCAGCUUCAAAGGUGAAUAGCGUCGUUAGAGGGAGUGGAGGACAAGGCGGAGAAGGAGAACAAAACAGGGUUGAGAAAUUGAAGGUAUACUUGCCAGAUCAAGAGCAGAUCGGUCGAGCCAUUACCAUAGUCACCCAUCCUGCGACUAAGGAACUGAUCAAAUUUUUUGCACUACCCCCAGGUGGAGCUCAAGCAUAUAACAUUGUGGCCGCGGUACUAAAGAACCCACCAAGUACUUCUUCACACGCAUGUCUUUAUGAAAAUGAUAAAUACAAACAAGUUAUGGAAGAGCUGAGGGUCUUAAGAGACGAGAAGGAUAGAAUGCAAGCAGAGCUUGAGCACAUUAAGAAUGAAAUCGAGUAUUCAAAGAGAUUAAACAGUAUCAGUCCUGCUAGGCUCAGGUCAUCAUCCACAGUAGAGCAAAGGCCAGAGGAUGUCAUAAGUCUUUUCAUGAUGAAAGGUUUUACAGUUUUGGAUUUUAGGUAUGAUCAAGUAGUUCCACCAAUAAGAGGACACAUGAUCAGGACUGAACGAUAUGACGACGACAAAGGAGAUAUUUAAGUAAAUAAAUGAUGAUCAAUUAAGUGCUGACCACACUGCAGAUUGGGUUUGUGUAGUUGCGUAUAUUUGUAGGAGCAGGAGUGUCAACAUAUAAAUAAAAGGAAACUGCCUGACUACUUUUUAGACGCUGUAAUGUGGGAGUAUAAAAUCCAUCAGUGUUUGCCUUCAUCUGCCUGGUUAGAAACAAUGAUGUGUAGCAGUUUAUGUGGGAUCCUAAGUAGUAAUAUGUAAUUAUGUUUACUAUUUCGCUGGGUUUUUUUAUCUAGUAUUAGGCUCUAAGCCUACUCAACGUA